AUGACUUUGGAAAGAAAUCAACCUGAAUUAGGAAUUGAUAAUGGUACUAUCGGCACUCCUGCCAUAGUCUACUUGACCGGCUGGCGAUAUGCUGCUGUGGGUAUUGCGAUAGUUUUGAGCAUGUUUUUGGCUUCACUAGAUCUGACUUUCAUUGCCACAGCAAUUCCACACAUCACCGACAAGUUUCAUAGCCUCAACGAUGUUAGAUGGUAUGCCUCUGUACUAUUUCUGACCGUCGCAGCAGCUCAAUAUAUAGCCGUCUUUGAGGUUGGAAGUUUGAUAUGUGGUGUUGCUAGAAACAGCACAACAUUGACAGUAGGACGAGCUAUAACAGAUUUUGGUGUUGCAGGAACAUUGGGAGGAUCACAUAUCAUUAUUGAAGUUUCAGCUUCACCAGAGAAACGACCUGCGAUGACGGGAUUUAUGGGCUCAGCAUAUGCCAUUGCCGUUAGUGAUAAGUUAAAGUAUAACGCAUGCUUUUCCUCGAAUGCGGUUUUGAUGGGUAGCAGCAUCUUAAUUGAUCUUCCUUGUGGUGCACUCGCGGCGGCUUCCACAAUCUUUCUCUUCAAAAUACCAGAUGCAGUGAAACCAGUUGAGGUGACCUUGAAGGAAAAACUUCUGCAAAUGGAUAUACCUGGAUUUCUUUUCAUCACUGCGUCCGUUGUCUGUUACCUUCUAGCUCUUCAGUGGGGAGGUGCUAUCAAACGAUCAAGUAACUUGGGUGUGAUUGGGACACUUGUUGGCUUUGCAUUAUUUCUCGUACUUUCCGAGCUCAUUGAAUGGUAUCAAAGCGAGAGAGCUUUUCUCCUACGAAGCAUUUUCAGGAAACAAACUAUCGCAAAGGGCUGUGUUUCCUGUUAG